GACGUAUAAGCGCAGAGGCUUCUCAAUUGCUUGAUCGUGCGGAGUGAAGAAUGUUAUCACGUCGUUGAACAAUAGUUUGCACUUUUGUGUAAAUAAAAUAAUGUAAAUUUAUGUUUAUUGAGAAGAGUGCGUGUUAAAAGAUAUAUCUUAAUACAUAACAAAAAUGUCGACGGAAUGGGAUCAAUGUGCUGUGCAUCUCAAACCGCCUCGAGAAUUAUUCAAGCACAUUGUAGUACCUCAAAGGACUCUAAUGGGUCCUGGACCAAGUAAUUGUUCUAAACGAGUUUUAAAUUCACUUAAAGAACCCGUUCUUGGACAUUUACAUCCUGAAAUUUGCAAGAUGAUGGAUGAAAUUAAGGCUGGACUACAAUACGCCUUCCAAACUAAAAACAGGCUCACCUUAGCACUGAGUGCAUCAGGUCAUGGAGGGAUGGAAGCUUCUCUCGGGAACCUACUUGAACAGGGUGAAACCAUUCUGAUCAUCAAAAGUGGAAUUUGGGGAGAAAGAGCUGCCGAUAUGGCUGACCGGCUUGGACUAAAAGUUCACUUGCUGACCACCGAAUUGGGUGACGGGUUUACACUCGGCCAACUGGAGUCAGCCUUACAACUAUUCCUACCAAAAGUGGUUUUUAUAACUCACUCUGAAUCAUCCACUGGUCUUGUUCAAUCAUUGAAAGGUGUCGGAGCUCUUGUACACAGAUAUAAUGCGUUGCUCAUUGUCGACACCGUUGCUUCGCUAGGGGCAGAACCAUUUUUUGCUGAUGCUUGGGAAGUUGAUGUGGUUUACACAGGAAGUCAAAAAUGUCUUGGAGCGCCACCUGGAAUUACACCAAUCUCUUUCAGCCCACUAGCUGAAAAAAAGAUACGCAAUAGAAAAACGAAAGUGCCGGUCUUUUAUUGGGACAUGACAAUCCUAGGAAACUAUUGGGCUUGUUUUGGUAAUCCAAGGCCUUAUCAUCACACAAUAAGCGCUACUUUGGUUUACGGUCUACGUGAAGCGCUUGCACAGUUAGCUGAAGAAACACUACCCGCUUCGUGGGUAAGGCAUGCGAAUGCCACGAAAAAACUUCAUUGUGGGUUGAAGGAUCGUGGAUUUGAAUUUUAUGUUAAAAAUCCAGAAAAUCGACUUAAAACAGUUACAGCUAUUAAAGUUCCACCAGGAAUCGACGCAAAAGUAGCCACAACAUACGCCAUGGAGAGACAUAACGUAGAAAUUGCUGGAGGCCUUGGACCCACUCAGGGAAAAAUAUUUCGCAUUGGUCUGAUGGGAGUUAAUGCCACAGCCUACCACGUCGAUCUUGUCCUUCGUGUUCUCGAUGAUAGUAUCAAACACGCAAAAACUCUGUCGUCUAAUUUGUAAAGUUAUUGUAAUAAAGUCAACUAUAUUGUAAUAAUUAGGCUAUAAUAAAUAAAUUAAAAUAACAAAUACUGAUAGUCAAGAAGAAUAAGAAAAACUGUUCAUAGCACAAACUGCACAAGUUAGAAGCUUACCUAAAAAACGGCUUAGAAAAACUUUCUUUAUGUGCAUUAUAACAGAAAAUGUAAAAGGGAAUAUACUUAUAAUGUUUGAAAUAUUAUUUGUAAAAGUACAAAACUUACAAACAUUACAAAACUUAGAAACGAGAAUACUGUAAGAUACAAUACAAAAUGCCACAGACAUUAUCACGAUUGUUUAUUCACUAAAACCAUCGAUAUCAACAUUCAA